CUUCUGGAUUGGAGCGCGUGAUGGCCUGUUCGAGGAAAAGAGCGAACAAAUUAAUUUUUUAAUUUUUCAUCUUUCCCAUCAGGCUGCUCCAUGCCACACACACACACUAAGGAGGAGGGGACGAGCUGAGGACAGUCCUUCUGAAUCUCUCUCCUUCCUUUCGCUAUCACAGUGUGGAUGUCCCCUACCUAUCUAUCAAGCUCGUACAACGGAUCCGAUCAGCGUAACUCCACCGCUCAGAAGCUGGGGACAUCCGCUAGUUAUCUAUCCACCUGAUCCAUUUGAGGAAAAGAUCCAGACUCCCGCCCUAGCAUCUAUCUAGUCUAAUAAACCCUGCGAUCCCGCGAGCACGCCAUCAUGGAAUCCUCUGAUUUGACCGCGCCUUACGCCAGGCAGGCCAACGCCUUAUCUCCCACGCAACGAUCUUCAUCCCAUUCGUCUCAUCGUGAGCCACACCGCAUGGCUGCCUUCGAAACGGUCACCGUGCCUGACCAGGGCCAAUCGCAACCUGUCAACGAGGUCACUCCGAUCGUGAGCAACUCUGACACAUCUCAGCGCAACUAUCAUUCUACCGACGGUCUACGGAACAGGGACUCGGGAUCAACAAACAAUAACACGGUCUCACGGGAUCCCGGUCAGCAGAAUCCGCAGUGUGACUCGGAAGAACCGCACGGCUCGUGGUAUAGCCGGCUGGCAGAUAGAUAUGGAAGCUUGGAAUUAGAAAAUAAAGGCAGCGUGGCCCGAGAUCAUCUCGCUUUGGGUAUGCUUAAUCCGUUGUUGCUUUUCUUUUCUUUCCUUUCUUUUUCACCCCGUCCGUGUACGACCUCGUUAACUGGAUUCCAUCUCUUUCCCUUAGAACGAACCUUUUUGGCAUGGCUGCGGACAUCACUAGCCUUUGCAUCGAUUGGCAUCGCGGUAACUCAAUUAUUUCGUCUCAAUAGUGCCGGGACGAACGCGAAUGCCAAUCUUUCCGCUCAAAACUAUCUUUUGCCAUCUGCUGCUUAUGAUUCCACGCCAAUAGGGGUGACAUCUGCCUCUGCACGCCUUCGGAGCAUCGGUAAGCCGUUAGGGACUACUUUCAUUGGAGUUGCAAUUUUGAUUCUACUGGUUGGAUUCCACCGCUAUUUUGAAAGCCAGUAUUGGAUUAUUAGGGGCAAAUUCCCGGCCAGCCGUGGCAGUGUCGCAUUGACAGCCUUUGUAGCUGCUGCUCUGAUUGUUACCGCUUUUGUUGUGAUCCUUGCCAUCUCUCCCGGCGCGGUUGAAGCGUAAGGGCUCAAUU